GUUUCACUUCAACGACGAUUGAUUGCAACCGCCUGGAUGAUGUGGGCUUGUGGAAGCAUGGCGGUGUUCCGUGAAUAAGGAACGUGCUAACAUAGUGUGUUUGUGGUUUAAUUAUUACUCUUUUUGACACUUAUUUUGACUUUGUAUUUGCAAUGUGCGAUGUCGGGAUGGAAGAUGAAGAUCUCUAUGAAAGCUUGCCGGAAACUUCAACUAUGUCGACACACAUGAUGGCCGGAGCCGCAGCGGGUGUGAUGGAACACUGUGUCAUGUACCCAGUUGACUGUGUGAAGACAAGAAUGCAGAGUCUUGUUCCUAAUCCAAAGGCAGAUUAUCGUAGUUUAUAUGACGCCCUACAUCAAAUAGUCCGACAUGAAGGAAUGAAGAACACACUAAGGGGAAUUAACUCUGUUGUAUCUGGUGCUGGUCCAGCGCAUGCCAUGUAUUUUGCAUGUUAUGAAAAAUUAAAAAAGACUUUUUCUAGUAAUAAACACAGUAACCAUCUAGCUCAUGGUGCUGCUGGAUGUGUAGCUACUGUUUUACAUGAUUUAGUUAUGAAUCCAGCAGAUGUUGUGAAACAAAGAAUGCAGAUGUUUGGUAGUCCAUAUAAAACUUGUUUAGACUGUGCUAGAACUACGGUAAAACAGGAGGGAAUAGGUGCUUUCUACCGGAGUUUUACAACACAACUGACCAUGAAUAUCCCGUUUCAGUGUGUUCAUUUUAUGAUUUAUGAGUUUACACAAGACAUUUUAAAUAAAGAAAGACGAUACGAUCCAUCAAGUCAUGUGAUAUCGGGAGGCUUGGCUGGAGCGGUGGCGGCAACAGUAACCAUGCCAUUAGACGUGUGUAAGACAUUAUUAAACACACAAGAGCAGUGUGCAAGGACGAGAGUGCCGUAUAUUAAUGGUAUGGCUUCAGCUUUUCGGACUGUGUACGAAUUUCAGGGUUUUACAGGCUAUUUCCGAGGACUUCAGGCCCGUGUAAUCUAUCAGAUACCCUCCACAGCUAUUUCCUGGUCGGUGUACGAGUUCUUUAAAUAUAUUAUUACCAAGAGAAAGACUGAUGAUGAUCGCUACCUGUCAGUGAAUAAUUUACCUGUGCAUGUGUCUGCUUCACCUAAAUGAGUGGAUUAAUCAUGGAUUCUGUUCUAUUACAAUUUGCUGUAACAACUUUUUCUAGAAACUACAUUACAUCUGCCUACCUGCUUGCUUUGGAUUUGGAUUGCUGGAUUUCUGGAUUUAUUUGCCUGGUGUUAUUAAACAAGUGCUGGUUGGAAGUCGCAGAACUUUUUAUUUAUCUAAGAGAAGAUGGACACUUUUGAAGACUGUGUUCCUGUUUAUUAUUUUUUAUCAUUUUCUGAAUAAAACCAUGAUGUUGGAGAGAUAUAUUUUGUUCCUGUUAUCUCUGGUAGAACUAUUGAAGAAACUUAAAUGCCAAGAAAUUUCUUACACCUCAAAAGGAAGAUUACAUAAUUAUGACUUUGAAUGGAAAUCCAGUUUGAAAUAGUGUGUUUUUGUUUGCUGCGGUGGUUUAUCUGCUUAAUGACAACUUGUAAAAGCCAAGCUCCAUACAUCUUAGGAUGCUCACAAUGCUCUCUUUCAAAUCCCAUGUAUCUGGACUUGUAUAUAAAGCCCCACAAAAUUGUUAGCUAAAUAUCUGAACUUCCCUCGAUUUUCGUUUAGUUGGGAUUAACAUUUUGAAAAGUAUCUUUAUAGAAAUAUUUUAUCUGUCCGGAAAUUGAUUUCAGAAACUGAGAAUACUGCAAGUUCUGAAUAUAGUUAGAAUUUUUGAAAUGGUUUAUUUUUGUUAUAUCAUUCCUAAUAAAGAUACUCAUAAGAACAUGAAAGUUAGGAGAUUAAUCUGUUCAUGUACAAUGUAUGAUAAAUAAAAUUUUAUUGUUUGUUCUCUACAAAAACUAAAGAUAUUUGUACAUUUGUGAUGAAUUGAAGCAACCAUUAGAAUUGUCCUAUUACAUGGAAGUGAUCUUAAAUAGAUGUCGGACAAAAAAAAUUAUCAAAGAAAAUUAUAUAUACCAGUUCAAUAAGUAAAUAUACUUCUCUUUCCUGUCUCAUUUUUUGAAAGCAAAUAGGAUGUUAAGACAGUAAUUAAAUAUACAUGAAGUUGUAUGGAAAUAGUCACAACAACCACAAAAAUUUAGAGAUUGACACUUCACUGAACAAAGAUGCCAAUCCUACUUUCAAUUUUUCUUAAUUCCAUUUGAGUUUUAGGAAAUCCAUCACUAUAUUUCAAUCAUGAGGAAAUGAAUUAUGUGUCAAAAGUUGAAACAUUUACACUUUUCAGAUCUGAAAAAUAUUAAAUUGUGAAUAUAUUAUUUCUGUUAGCAAAAACAAAAAUAACAAAAAGAAAAUUACCUAAAUGAUGUACUGUAAAUCAAACAAAUGUUAUUGUGUUAAAUUAAUACUGAUUAAUGUCUUUUAUAGUACAUCAAGAAAUUAAUACUGAAGGCCUUUUAUGAUGCAAUAAUAAAUCAAUACUGAUGGCCUUCUAUGAUGCAAAAAGAAAUUAACACUGAUGGCCUUGUAUGAUGCAAUAAGACAUUAAUAUGAUAUUUAGGUGUAGGGUUUUCUAUAAUUUCAAAACUUCAUGAGUUCAUGUUGAAAUAUAGUUUACCUUGUGAAUUUGUGGAUCUUCUCAAGGCAAUUAGCUUCAAAUUUUGUUACGCUUUGAAAUUUAAGAAAAACAUUGCUUAUAUGAAAUUAUCUAUCAGGAUUGCAAAGAACUAAAAUUCUAUUUGUGAAUCAAUUCAAAAUACAAAAUUAGUUGUAUAAAUUUUGAUUUUAAAUUUUCAUAAUUUGAACAAAUUUGAGGUAUUUUAUUAAUAAAAAAAAACCCCAUUAAACAAAAUGGUAAUAUUUAAUAUAUUUCAAACAAUAACUUCUUUUUAAGUUCUUACUGAAUGUUAGCACUUGUUUUUUGAAGUUGACUUUAAUUAUAUAAACCUAUUAUAAUCAUCUUAGGAAUACAUAUUCAAUGGGGUGUCAAAUUUUAUGAAUUCAUAAUAGCUCGUCGUAAACCAUUAUGAAUUUCAAUAUAUUAGAUGCCUCUCACCCCCUUCUACCAUUAUAUUAUAUCUGAAUUAAUUAACUAAUAUUAUUAAUUGCCUUGUAAAUUUCCAGUAACUAAUUUUAUAAUCCAAUCUUUAAAUGUUAUCUUUGGUUUAAGUUUCUGGUACCCAAAUUUAUACAGUUAUUUG